CCCUAGGAAAGAAAAUUUUUCGCACUCUCUUUUUUGUAAAAAAUUACGCGAUUUAAAGUCAAAAUGACUUCAAUUGCGGACUUAUUUACAAAAUAUAGUUGCACAAAUUGCCAAGAUGAUAUACAGGGCAUACGUGUACAUUGUGCCGUGUGCGAAAACUUUGACCUUUGUUUGCCAUGCUUUGCCUCGGGCGCCGAGAUAGGACCACAUCAAAAUAAUCAUAAUUAUCAAUUUAUGGACACGGGCACUGCCAUAUUGAGCGUAUUUCGCGGCAAAGGCGCUUGGACGGCGCGUGAGGAACUGAGACUGCUAGAUGCUAUCGAGCAAUAUGGUUUUGGCAACUGGGAGGAUAUUAGCAAGCACAUAGAGACCAAAUCUGCUGAAGAUGCCAAAGAGGAGUAUGUAAAUAAAUUUGUAAACGGCACCAUAGGCACUUUGACAUGGACACCGGCGCAGUCGCAACGCCCGUCUCUCUUUGUUCAUGCGGAGGAUGAUACGGGUACUUUAGGUUCCACUGCACUUUCACACCUGCCGCAGCUAGAGAUAAGCAAUGAGGAGUCGCUGCAGCUUGGCUAUAUGCCAAACCGCGACAGUUUUGAGCGCGAAUACGAUCCAACGGCCGAACAGCUCAUAUCCACCAUAGCAUUUAGCUCUGAGGAUGUGGAAAUUGAUGUUAUGCUUAAAUUAGCUCAUGUUGACAUCUACACGCGCCGGCUGCGUGAACGCGUUCGUCGCAAACGCAUGGUGCGUGACUAUCAGCUGGUUUCAAAUUUCUUUCGCAAUCGCAAUUAUGCAUUGCAUCCAGGGCUGAGCAAAGAACAGAAGGAGUUUCGUGAUCGGUUUCGCGUUUUUGCGCAAUUCUAUAGCAACAACGAGUACGAGCGCCUGUUGGGCUCGCUAGAGCGCGAAAAGGAGCUGCGCAUACGACUUACCGAACUCUACAGAUAUCGCUACAAUGGCAUUUCCCUAAUCGACGACUGUCGCCACUUUGAACAGCAUGCGGCAAUGGCCUCACAUCGAUCGACAGGUCCUUAUGGCCAUGGCAAAACCGACAACAUGCUGGUCUCCAGUGGAAGUCAACGGCCGGCAAGCUCUUCCUUGCACUCCCCGCAAGCGAAUCUCAGAAAGGCCGAACAGUUAAGCGGCGCCGAGGCAAGCUCAAGUUCAAUCGCACCAAGAAGCACGCACCACACAGGCGACCCGACCUCCUACGGCGCAUUAUUGCCCAACAGAAACUACUUGGAUAGCUGUCGGACAUCGUCGGCAGCUACGACAACGAUGCAGCUGCCGACGACAACGACGAUGACGAUGACGACGACGGCGACGACGAUGGGCCUGACGAUGGACUCGGCAAUAACAGCGACGGCAGCGACUUCCACGGCUACGAUGACGCCAGUGCAUGCGAAUCUGCCCACAUCGACAGCGGCAGCGAAAGUCAACCAACAACAUCAGCAGCAGCCGCAGCCAGGCGGCUCCAAGCUGCAGCUGCACCAGCAGUUGCGCCUAAACGAGGCCGCGGCCGGCGCCGGAAGCAAUAAAGAGCAGGAGCAGGGGCAAACAUUAAGCAUGAGCCUAAUCUUGCGCUCACAGCUCGAUGAGCUAAAGCGUCUACCACAACCGCUUGGCAGCAAUUUGCUCAGUCACAAUGAGUUGGAUUUGUGCAAGAGGCACAACAUUACGCCAACAACCUAUCUAUCGUUUAAGACUGUCUGCUUAAGUGGCGCUCCAUCGCUGGGCAGUUCCAUGGAGAACUCAAUGCGCAAAUUCUUUACCAAAUCCGGCUGGCUGACCCAUUGAAAUGGAACGUCAUUUGACGCAUCGCUGUUGUUUUGCACGUUUGCCAAAACCAGAUAUUGCCCGCAUAAAAGACUUGCAUUCUUUUUAUAUACAUUUUGUAAGAAUUAUAGUUAGAACGCCCAUAUAUAAUGUAUAUAGUGGUUGCCAUUUAGUUAAACUACAAAGUUGAAUUUGUAUGUGUUUCGUAACAACUUGUAUCAAGUGAAAAUUGUAAUUUUCCAUUUAUUUAUAGCAAGUAGUUAGCUUUUAU